GUUGUUAGCUAGUGCUAGCUACUCAGCAAGCUAGCUUAAUGGUUGAAACAUUUCUAACACAGUUUAUGCCAAGACACAGCUGUCGUUCACCAUGAGAGAAGGCCUACGCUCCAACUACAUGCCUGUCAACCAUUAAUGCCAAAGAAGAUGAGGGACUUUCAGGAAACAACGAUAAGUUAGCCAACGCCAAACGAAAAGUCAGGCUACAGCUACAGUUUUUACGCUAGCAUCCUGAGAAGGGAAAGCUCUGAGAUUUUUUUUUGCAAGGACUGGAUGCGGAAGGAGGAUAUGAGUCAAGCUGGACAGCUAAAGCUAAUUGUAAGCUGUGCUGGGAUCCAAAAUGUGGGAAACAUUUCACUGUGAGAGCAAUUACCAAAUGUAUCAAGCUAAACGAAGCUAACAUGAAGUAAUGACGAGCAGCGACUGGGCUAACUUGUUGUUGUAGGCUGAACACUCACCCAGCUAUCGACAGAGAUAUCACCCGGGCUGAAGUGCUGAUAUGAGGCCUAGCAGGAGCCGAUGAAUGUUUUUUCAUACGUUCUGUGGGUUACCAAUGUGCCAAAAAGUCACUCACCUGAUUACCCAACAAGGAUUAGGCUAGAGUUUGGCAUCAUCUGUGCAGGGAGGGAGCACAUACUGGCACAAGAAUAUGCAAGGACUGUUGACCACAACUGAAGUAUACAUAUCCAAGACACAGAACAAUUGUCCUUGAUGAAACAGUCUUGGUUAACCUGCCAUCCCCAAUGGAAGUGCCAUCAUAGACACAAGACACUGUGGCUCGAACUGCACAGUCUUUUGAGCUACAGCCUUGGAGGAUCCGUUUCGGCAUUGGGUUGAACCUGAAGCGGAGAUGGGUUCCCAAGCUCUUCAAAUAUUACGGCAGGGUGUGUGGGCUUCACUCACAGGAGGGUGGUAUGUGGACCCACAUCAGAGCACGUUCUCCAACUGCUUCCACCUCUACCUUUGGAUAUUUCUCCUGGCCUUCCCCUUUCUGUUGUACAUGGCUCUUCCUCCUAGCUUGGUGGUCGCAGGUGUGUACUCCGCUGUGGUGGCUGUCUUUUUCACAGCCAUUAAAGUGGUAAACUAUCGGCUUCAUGCUAUGUUCGACCUUGGGGAGAUUGUAGAGAAGAAGCAGGCCUCACUCACAGCUGAUGCCCCAAGGACAGAAGAAGGAGAUGACGGUUCAGGUGCCCAUGAUGGCAAUCAGCACAGGGAUAGCCAUGUUGGUGUAGAGAUGACUGUGUUUCGGAAGGUCAACUCAACACCCCCGGUGCGCUGUAGCUCCCAGCACUCUCUGUUUGGACUGAACCAGGUGUCGGAGUUCUUGCCUCAGCUUGAGGAUACAGGGGGAGCUAGGGAUAUCAAGGAGCUAAUGCGGGAACAAGGAAGCAAUAAUGUGAUUGUUACUUCAGCUCAUCGUGAUAUCUUACGCCAGAGUUCCCAGGACACUAUUAGGACUCCUGGUGUGGUCCAGUCCUGCAUUGCUGCUGCUCUAGGAGGCGAUUUCCCAGGUCUUAUGGGAGUAUCUGUAAUGUCUGCUGGGUUCGGGGAACCUGGAGACUGCUUGUCUAUACCCCCUUCACCCUCCAGCCAGGAAGAUGGGGGAGAGAAAGAGCAGUUGCAUGAAGUCGAGGAGCUACCAGAACAGCUGUCUCAAAAAAGUCCUGAGGACAAUGGGCUUGGGGCUUAUUAUCCGCUCGGCCCCUCUGCUGAGUCUGAGAGCUUGGGGGAUACUCCCCUCAGCCCCCUUAUUAAGAGCAGCUUAAGCGAAGAGCUGAGUGAAAAUCUCCUAGGAUUGGGCCUGGACCCUGUUGCGUUUGCACCUGGGACUGAACACCCAGGCAGCCGCAGCGGGGUAGCACUAGCUGCUGGAUCCACGGACAGCUGUUUCAGUGCAGGUGGAGGCACCACAGACCGUGAGACACUGAGCACGGUUAGUAGCUACCGCAGCGAAAAAACAGAUUCCACUCAGCUGGAAAGUCCUUCGUUCAGCCAUCCUCGGCCCACAGAUGGACAGGCGUCUGCUUCAGCACCCGCUGUGGGCUCUAACAUCCAUGAGCCCAGAGAGGAUCCAGCAGGACAAGGUGGCAGUGAUACUGACAACCUGUCAGACAGUGUGCUACUGCGCUCCCCUUCCAAAGAGUUCUCGCUCAGCCAGGGGCUAGACAGGACACUUGUUGAAGGAGAGGAUUUGCCCUCUGUACCCUGUGAGAUUGCACUGCCCCCUCCUUUUCACAGCUCUUCCCCUUCAAGUAGUGGCCACUCAGAGGUUUGUGAUUUAGACAGAAAUGUCCCAAUUCCUCCUCUACCCCCACCUCGGCAAGCCAAUUCAGUGCCCUCAGGGCUGGCCCUGGGUCUAGUGUGUUCUGAGCCUGCUUUGCCCAUAUCCUCUACCCCCUUCUUACUGUCUGAUCAGCCUGCUCUGCAAGCCCAGCAGGUUGUACGCCCUAAAGACUUGAAGCUACUGCGGGCCAGUGGCAGCAGUGUGGGGCACAGGCCAGGCCGAAGGAAAGCCCCAAGGAGGCGAGCUGGAGCUGGAAGCAGUAGUUUUGACUGUGGCUCUUACAGGCGUCACCACAAUCAUAGACAGCACAGAGAUUACAUCCCAGUGCGUAACCGACUUGGCGCCAAGGCUUACAGUGAAAGUCUGUUUGAGGACUCCAGCGACGAGGAUGACGGCAGUGACAUGAGCGCUGGCUCUAGCCUGGGCUCUCAGCGCCGAUACAGCUCAGAUGAUGAUGAUGACGACGAUGACGACUCAAGUUCCUCUACCUCCUGCUACUCCCCAGACCUCGCCAACACUGGCAUUACAUCCCCACACCCCCCUGCUGCUCAACUGCCCACUCCAAGGGAUGGGGAUUUACCUGAAACUGCUGGCCCCUCGCAUUCUCGUGCUGCUCAGCGCUCUUCUAGCACAGCUAGUGCUAAGACUCAUGCAAGAGUGCUAAGUAUGGAUGGAGCAGGUGGAGGCCAGAGCAACACGACAGCUCUGCCUUCUACUCUGCUUACAAUGCCCUCCACUUCCACCCCUGCACCUCGCACUCUCACCAUCUCUAAGUCUGACCUGGAGGCUCGCACUAUUCACACUGAUAGCUUUCCAGGAACUCAUCAUCGGCUGGAUUCUCUUGGGGGCUCUUGGACUGGCAACCAGAUGGGCUGGAGGGCUGGAGAGCUGGCUGAAGAGGGAGCUGUGGGAGGAGUCAUGGCUUCAGAGGAUGGAGGCAAACAUGACUCCGUCAGCAGUGUUAAGAGGACCCAGGCCAUCCGCAGGAGACACAAUGCUGGCAGCAACCCUACACCGCCCCCGUCCACCAUGGGAUCCCCUCCCAGCCUCCAGGACCUCCAGCGGGUUCGGACCUCCUCCCACUCGCGGACCCGCACGCUUCCCUCAGCCUUACAGUUUGCCUCCUCACUCCUACUGCCCCGCAGCGGUAUCCACGAGGCCUCCACCUUUGACGACACAUCAGAGGGGGCAGUGCACUAUUUCUAUGAUGAGAGUGGAGUGAAAAGGUCCUACACAUUUGGACCUGCUGGAGGUGGUUAUGAGGACCCAGUUCAGGAAAGGGAGAGACAGUCCCAGUCCUCAAGCUUCACCUCCACUGAGGUCCAGGAAGGGGCACCAGUCCUGUCAGUGCUCCAGCCUAGACCUGUGGCCUUACAGGGCAUGCAGGUGCGCAGUGUGCCUCUGGAAAUGCCUGAGUUUGAUCUGGAUCAUGAGUCUCUACAAGAGUCCCAGGAAAACACACUGAUGAUUGAGGAGAAGGCUAAACCCAAACAGUACUAUCGCUUUUGGGUGCUGCCGGGGAAGUGGCUGAGAGUUCGAUAUGAUCGAUUGGCUCUUCUGGCUUUAUUGGACAGAAACCGCCGUGUGGGAGAAAACGUGUUUGCUGUGGUGCUGGCCAGUCUGGUGGCCUUCCUGGGGUUCCUACUGCUACUCCAGGGCUUUUUCAGGGACAUCUGGGUCUUCCAGUUCUGCCUGGUCAUUGCUAGCUGCCAGUACUCCUUACUGAAGAGUGUACAACCAGAUGCAGCCUCUCCCAUGCAUGGUCAUAACUGGAUCAUUGUGUACAGUCGGCCGGUUUACUUCUGCCUGUGCUGUGUGAUGAUCUGGAUCUUCGACCUGUCUGGGCGCUCUAGCAGCCUGCAGCCAUUCUCCCUCUAUGGCGUCACCUUCUUCUCUGCACACUUCCUGCUCUGUGUCAGGGAUAUGCUUGUUGUGUUUGCCUUGUGUUUCCCGGUCAUUUUCCUGUUUGGGUUGCUACCUCAGGUCAAUACCUUUGUGAUGUGUCUGCUGGAGCAGAUCGACAUGCACAUUUUUGGUGGAACUGCCACUACCAGCCCCCUCUCAUCUCUGUUCAGCCUCAUACGCAGCAUGUUGGUGGCAGCUCUGCUGUAUGGAUUUAGCCUCGGUGCUAUCAAUGCACCGUGGGGGGAUGCCCAUGUGCCAGUACUGUUCUCUGUGUUUUGCGGCCUACUCCUGGCCUUAUCCUACCACCUCAGCCGCCAAAGCAGCGAUCCCACCAUCCUUUGGUCACUGGUGAGGUCUAAAUUAUUCCCAGAGCUGGAGAACCGAACACCAGAAGAACCCCCUAUGGAGAUCAAGGACCCUCUUCCUGAGAAGCUGCGUAACUCUGUGAAAGAGAUUCUUCAUUCAGACCUCGUCAUGUGUCCCCUCAUGGCUGUGAUUACCUUUGCCAUCAGUGCCAGCACAGUUUUCAUCGCUCUUCAACCUGCACUUAGCUUUGUUUUGUACAUCCUGGCUGGAGUUGUAGGCUUUAUUACACACUAUCUCCUGCCUCAGCUCCGCAAACAGCUGCCGUGGUUCUGCCUGGCUCACCCUGUGCUGCGUUCCAGAGAGUACAGUCAGUUUGAGGUCCGAGAUGCUGCUCAGCUGAUGUGGUUUGAGAAGCUGUAUGCAUGGCUGCAGUGUGUGGAGAAAUAUUUCAUCUACCCAGCUGUAGUGCUUAACUCCCUGACAACGGAGGCUCGAGCUGUUGGCCAGAAUCAUAAAGAGCUGGACAUCUACAGCCGAGCUCUCUUCAUCUCCGUAGCAGGCAUGAAGCUGCUGCGUUCAUCCUUCUGUGCGCCGUCGCAGCAGUACGUCACACUGUGCUUCACCACACUCUUCUUCCACUUCGACUACCCGCACUUCUCCGAGACCUUUCUCAUCGACUACUACUUCAUGUCCAUUCUCUUCAGCAAGAUGUGGGACCUGCUGUACAAGCUGCGCUUUGUGUUGACUUACAUCGCCCCCUGGCAGAUCACCUGGGGCUCAGCCUUCCACGCCUUUGCUCAGCCCUUCGCUGUGCCACACUCUGCUGUGCUUUUUGUCCAGGCCAUCUUUUCUGCCAUCUUUUCCACCCCUCUCAAUCCUGUCCUAGGCAGUGCUGUGUUCGUCACCUCGUAUACCAGACCAGUUAAAUUCUGGGAGAGAGACUACAACACCAAGCGGGUCGAUCAUUCCAACACCAGACUGGCAACCCAGUUAGACCGCAACCCAGGUGCUGAUGACAACAAUUUGAACUCGAUUUUCUACGAGCACUUAACACGCUCUCUGCAGCACAGCCUGUGUGGAGACCUGCUGCUCGGUCGCUGGGGCAACUACACCACGGGCGACUGCUUCAUCCUCGCCUCAGACUACCUCAACGCUCUGGUGCACAUCAUCGAGAUUGGCAACGGACUGGUCACCUUUCAGCUGAGGGGUCUGGAGUUCAGAGGCACCUACUGUCAGCAGAGGGAGGUAGAGGCCAUCACAGAGGGAGUGGAGGAGGAUGAGGGCUGCUGCUGCUGUGAACCCGGUCACCUGCCACACAUGUUGUCAUUCAACGCUGCCUUUGGACAGCGCUGGUUGGCCUGGGAGGUGGCCGCCACCAAGUAUGUACUAGAGGGCUACAGCAUCAGUGACAACAAUGCAGCCUCCAUGUUACAAGUGUUCGACCUUCGUAAGAUCCUCAUCACAUAUUAUGUCAAGAGCAUCAUCUUCUAUGUCAGUCGGUCUCCUAAGUUGGAAGAGUGGCUUACCAAUGAGACGAUUCAGGAGGCUCUGCGACCUUGUCUCGGGCCUAACUAUGUAGACGGCGACCCCACCUUCAACCUAAACAUCGAUGAGGAUUAUGACCACAGGACCUCCGGCAUCACCCCCUCCUCAUUCUGCUUGGUUUACCUGGACUGGAUUCAGUAUUGCAACAGCAGGCGUCAAACGCCUGUGACCAGUGAGAGAGAUUCUCCACUUGUCAGUCUGUGUUUUGGGUUGUGUAUCCUGGGAAGAAGAGCUCUGGGCACAGCCUCUCACAGCAUGUCUGCAAGCUUGGAGCCAUUCCUCUAUGGCCUCCAUGCACUCUUCAAGGGAGACUUUCGCAUCACAUCUCCAAGGGACGAGUGGGUGUUUGCAGAUAUGGAGUUGUUGAAUCGUGUUGUGGCACCAGGAGUGCGCAUGUCCCUAAAAUUGCAUCAGGAUCACUUCACAUCUCCAGACGAGUAUGAAGAUCCUAUGGUUCUUUAUGACGCCAUCACUGCCAACGAGGAGAAGAUGUUGAUAUCGCACGAGGGUGACCCUGUGUGGCGCAGCGCUAUUCUAGCAAACAUGCCUUCACUGCUGGCACUGAGGCACAUCAUGGACGAUGGCAGCGACGAAUACAAGAUCAUCAUGCUUAACAAGAGGUUCCUCAGCUUCCGAGUCAUCAAGGUGAACAGAGAGUGUGUGCGUGGGCUGUGGGCGGGGCAACAGCAGGAGCUGGUCUUCCUGCGCAAUCGCAACCCAGAGCGUGGCAGCAUUCAAAACGCCAAACAGGCCCUAAGGAAUAUGAUAAACUCCUCGUGCGACCAGCCCAUCGGCUACCCCAUCUACGUGUCCCCCCUCACCACCUCAUACGCUGGGGGGCACAGCCAGCUCCGGUCUGUGUGGGGAGGACCUGUCAGCCCGCACAACAUUUACACCUGGCUCAUCAGCAGCUGGGACAGGUUACAGAAGGGCUGUGGCGCUGGUUGUAACAGCGGAGGAAACAUUGAGGACUCGGACUGUGGAGGCGGCUCCACCUCCAUCUCUACCAACCCUGCUGUUCACACCACUCAGAGUACACCAGCCUCCAGCCUUCCCCAGCCACAUAUCACCACUGUCCAGCCCUCCAUGGGCACAGACAACCCCGUAGGUCCUACCCAGAACUGGCCUCACCACCCCCAACCUCUACCAUUAGCUCUGCUUAGCCAAUCAGAGGGGAGGAUGGAGGCAGGGCUGCUCUCAUCCCUACAGCGCACAUCGUCCAUCCAGGGGCUGCUGGGCCAGCAACUGUCCAGCUCCCAGCUCUCCUUCAGCAGCUCUGUGGCUCCGCCUGCUCUGCCCGGCCCAGAGCGCUUCUGCCCAGCGAGCCUCCUGGAGAACUCGGGGCACAGAGCAAGCCAGCGGGCUGGCCUCGGCCAGGGCAGCAGCCUCCACUAUGAGAGCCACUUUGGCAAGUGGAGUUUUUCAAGCAGGAAGGGCUUUAACGGACCAGCUGCAGCAGAGGGGGAGGGAGGAACAGUACAGACCAUACGCACACAGCCUACUCCUCCCACUCCCCUACAAGAGGCCAGUCUGACACAAGAUCCUCUGGGAGCCACUCAGACGUUGGAUCCGACCUUGCUGAAUGCAGGGGACCCCCCCACCCCCCGAGAGGAAUCCACAGAGCUGCCUUUACUUGAGCACCUGCGCUGAGUCUAUACCGGGAGACCCCCCAAGUGACUUUCUCUGCAGUGAAAGCACACCGCGGUUGAGUCUGGAUGGAGCCUGGCCCAUCCAGACCGGAUUCAUUCCAGCCUUCGAGACUCAUUCCAUCAACCCUUGUUUUGUCAACUCGAAGUGACGCGACUUGUAAAUCCUCUGACGGAAAAUUCAACCUGAUAUUUUACUGCAAUACUAAAUAGAUUCAGUUAUGACAUCACUCCUCCUUCUCAGCUAAAAGAGUUCAACAUCUGAUUGCAUGCUGAGCUGAUGCACGUCACAUCAUGAACUGGUUUAUUCCAAAGUCUGCUGUCAUCCUGACUCAGAUAUACUCAUUCUUAAUGUGUUUUUUUCUGACAUAGGCACUCAGUGUCUCUAUGGACAACCUUUUGGUUGUAACAGUAGUGACAGGCCAGAAAGGCCAGUGCAAUUAUAAGGGAUAUUUUGCUUGAGGAUUGUUUAUUUUUCUAUACUGGAGAAUGGAGUAUUGCCUCUAACUUUCUCUCACUUGACGUCUGCAGCAGCAGGGUUUUUUUGUUUUGUUUUGUUUUUUUUGCAUAACCAAUAAGAAAACAGAUCCUACAGUAUGUUGCUGUAUGUGCAGGUGAAGGAUUUGUGGAUACCAUGAUAAGCCUUGUUUCGUUUUUCCCCCUUUUACCAUCCUUACUAGACCUACAAACGCGUGUCAAACAAUACUACAUAUUGACCAGUUUCAGUGCUCUCCACUUCCUCUCCCCUGCACAUGAAACAUAUUCAACAAGGAGAAAAAAAACACACAUCCCACCAUGAUGUCAUCUUCAUCCUCUGACCUAACUCCUACAGAGGUGCCUCACAACAUCAACACUCAACAGUUCUGUCUACUGGCAAGUUUCAGGGAAAAAAACAAACUCCCUUCCAUCCCAGCCAACAUGUGGUGCUUUUACCGCUAGUUUACAGUCCAUUUAGGCCUGGACGCAAGUCCUGAAUCUGACUGUGGGAUGGCUUUGGACAGAGCUGGCGCCCAUGGAUCAGGAUCAAGCGGAGGGUGAUUCCAAUCUGUGAAAAUUGUGUUGAUCACAAACCUACAAACUGGGAGUGUUUAUAAAUUAAAGCCUUUUCUGUUCUGGUGA